AUGAUCCAUGUUGUGCUACUAUUAACCAAGAGAAAUUGUAUUUUUCUAACUUUAUUAAUCACUUCUGUGUCAGUUCAUAUUUCACAAUCUUUUGUUCAACUGUAUAACACUGAAGAUAGUUCAUCAGUUGAAUUGUAUGACUGUAUCAACUUCAAAAAUGAUUCAAAUGUUAUAUAUUGUCGUCGACCUGGCAAAGUAAUUGAUUUAAAUCGACAUCGUCAAACAUGUUCUUCAUAUGGAACAAAGAUUGAUUAUACCACAUUACAACGACUAAAUAUCUCUGUGGAUGAAGUUUUACGAUGGAGUUCGAGUGUUGAAAAAGCUGAUGAAUAUGCAGCAUAUCUUUCAAAUACUUCAGUUUUUGAUGAUACUGAAAAUCUAUCUCUUUGUAAUUGUACAAAUCUAUCUGUCUUCGGUAAAUUUUGUGAAUAUCAGUUAUUCUUUGAUAGUCAAUCUUUUCAUGAUAUCAUUGAAACACUAUUUGAGAUGAGAUACAAAGAUAUUUACAGUAAUCAAAUCUAUGGGAAUAUUCUCUGUUAUAUGACAUUAACAUGUGACUAUGGAUUACUCUGCUUAGAUUGGAGAGAUAUUUGUAAUGGAGCACAAAAUUGUAUGAAUGGACUUGAUGAAGAAAACUGCGAUUUGUUAGAAUUUAAUGAAUGUGAAGAAGAUGAAUUUCGUUGUAUGAAUGGACAAUGCAUUCCAGAUGAAUAUUGGAUGGAUGGCUGGCUUGAAUCAUCUCGUGAAUGUAUGGAUCAUAGUGAUGAAGGUGUUAUCGAUAUGGCAGUAUGUUUUUUUGAAUUAAGAAAUUUUGAUUGUGAUGAGCGUUUAUGUCCACCAACUUAUUGGUCUUGCGGUGAUGGGCAAUGUAUUAAUUCCUUACAACGUUUUUCUUAUCAGACUUUCCUAGACGAUUUUUACUACUGUCUCACUUUCAGAGAUUGUAAUUAUGCCUGUGAAGCAUGUAAUCAUCCACAUUUAUGGACAGUAGAAAAUGGUUCAUGUUGGAAUUUUGACGAACUAAAAAAAUCUGAAUUGGAAUUAGCAGCGAUAAUAACAGAUGAUUUUUGUCUCUUACAAUUAAAGUGUCGGUUAGCUGAAAUUAAUGAGAGAGAGAAAUGUCAUUGUCCAUUGGAUAAAUUGUGUCAAUUUAACCACGAUGACAAUGAAGUUAAUCAACGAUGUUCACAUCCUAUACAAUAUCCACCCUACGGUCUUUAUCGUCCUUAUCUUUCUACUUACUAUACAAAAGGUAGUUUUUUGUUUGAAGAAAAAACGCCAUCGAUGUAUACAGUUAAAGGAAGUAUUAAAUGUCGUGGUUACCAAGGUAUGACGUUAGACAAAGAAAUUAACUUAGAAUUAGGAACUGGAAAUAACUUUGAAGAAGAUACUAACUUUUUAAUUCACAUUGGUGACUAUCCAACUGGAUUUGAAUAUUUAUUUUGUAUGAACCACCAUAUUUAUAAAAAUAAAUCUGAUGAUGCACCAAAAUUUGAUGAGUUAUGUUGGAGUGAUACAACAAAAACAUUCAGCAUUAAUCAAUCCUAUAACUUUCACAAUGUAUGUUCUACUGAACCAACUUGUGUCUCUAGUUAUCGUAUUAAUGAUGGUUAUGUUAAUUGUUACAAUUAUCAAGAUGAAGAACGAUAUGACUAUCGUGAAUCAUGUACUAAUAUACGUAAAUAUCGAUUACAGUGCUCAUUAAAUGAACAACCAACGUGUCUUCCAACAGAACUUAUUGGCACAUCGGCUCCUGAUUGUUAUAAUCAUUACGAUGAAUUUAUAUUUGGUUCAGAUAUACCACUUGAAGGUGGGUCGUGUCUUAAACAAAAUGAUCAUCGAUGUCAACUGUUUCGAAAUUAUAUUGAAAUGACAACAAAAAACAAUACAAAAGAAACAAUUCAUUUAUUUGUUCAAUCUUUAAGAGAUAAUAGUUAUAGUAGAGAAAUACCUUAUCACCGUUAUUGUGAUAGUUUUUGGGAUUUACCAACACGACUCGAUGAAUCUCCGAAGUAUUGCCAACAAUGGAUUUGUGCAAAAGAUCAAUAUCAAUGUCCCAAAACGGGACAAUGCAUCGAUCCUAAGUGGAUCUGUGAUGGUGUUUGGGAUUGCAGUGAUGGUAGCGAUGAAGAGGGAAUUUUUAUCAUCAAUCAACUUUCGCCUCAUAAUCAAGCAGUUGUUAAUCUCAAUAGAGUUAAGAGAGCAUGUAUAAAUCUCUAUAAAGCUCGACCGUUAUCUAUGCUUUGCAAUUACACACAAGAAUAUCCUUGCUUGAGAAAUAUAUCAAAUUUUAACGAUUUGUGGAAUUUCACUCUUCAUAAACCAUGUAUUCCUUUAUCACAACUUGGCGAUGGUAUUAUACAUUGCUAUGGAGGAAGAGAUGAAAAAACUACAAUUGAAAGAAGUGUAGUUGGUGGUAUGCUUGGAGAUGCAUUUUUAUGUCAGAAAACUUAUGAGACAGUUUUGUAUAGACAUAUAUGUAGAAGAAUAUUUACAUGUUCAGAUUUCGAAGAUGCAUAUGGUUGUUUAUCGAGUAGGGAACAAGUUGUAGCAUCAAUAGAUAGUACUCCUUGUGGUUAUGAUCCAUCUGAUGUGUUUUGUUUAAACGGUAGUUGUGCGAAAACAGCACGUUGUAACGGGGAAUUCAAUUGUGAAUAUGGCGAAGAUGAAUAUAUGUGUGGUCCAAAAGACGAUUAUACACAAAAAUAUGGAGUAGAUCAACUGCAUUAUCGCCACUCCAGACAAAGAAAUACACAAUAUAGUUAUCAAACUCGUAAAAUCGCUAGUUUCCCAUUAUCAUUAAAGUAUUUAGUUACAAAUACGAAUGUUAAACAAAAUACACAAGAAAAGUUUUUUUCUCCUGAAUCAAAAGUUGAAUCAUUUAAAAAAAUGCAAAUAGUUUAUAAUUGCAAUCGUGGUGUGACAAUUCAAGCUAUAGAAAGCAAUCGUCUUUCUUGCUUUUGCCCACCUUCAUAUUAUGGUGAACAGUGUGAAUAUUAUAGUGACCGUCUAACCGUUGUUACACAUCUAAAUUACACCAAUAGUCCUUAUUUGAAUAUUGACGACGAAUCAGUGGUUCUUCAAAUUUUAGUUUUAUUUCUCUUUGAAGAUGAAGUUAUUGAUCACUACAAUUUUCGUGUACGUCCAGCAGAUGAAAUCAAUACAUAUAUUAAACAUAAAUUCUUUCUACUUUACUCACGUUCUGAAAAAUAUUUAAAUCACAAACAAACACGUUAUUUUAAUCGAACUGAUAUCAUAAAUAAUCAUCCAUAUUCAAUUCGUUUUGAAGCUUAUAAAUUGAUAAUUAAUCAGACUAUGAAAUUGAUCGGAGCCUGGCAAUUUCAUAAUUACUUCGACUAUCUACCAUCUGUUCGUUUAGCAAAAGUUUUACGAUUUCCAACGAAUUAUACAAUAAAUGAUCCUUGUCAUAGUAAUCCAUGCAAUCAACGAUCGAUGUGUCAACGUAUUUUGAAUAAAAACUCAACAACAUCAUAUGUCUGUUUAUGUCAAUCGCCUUUCUAUGGUAAAAAGUGUGCAUUAAUUGAUGACAAGUGUUCAAACUUUUGUGCUCCUCAUUCUGUUUGCAAACCAAAAUACAAUGGAAUUCUAACUAGUAAUCAACAACCAUUUUGCCUAUGUCCUUUGAACUAUUAUGGUUCAAGAUGUUUCUUAAAAUAUACUGCUUGUCAGUUACAACCAUGUGCAAAUAAUGGUAAAUGUAUUCAAGUCUUUGAUCCAGCUGAAGUUAGAUCUCGUUACUGCAAGUGUACUGAAAAAUUUUAUGGUGAAGACUGUGAACAUGAGCGCAUUUCAGUGCGUAUCCAAAUGAAAUUAUCAAAUCUAACUAUUUUUUCUCCAACUGGUGUUUUAGCAUCCGUCGUUCAGUAUUUUGAUUUUGGACUAGUAAGAUCUGAUGAUAUCUAUCUUAAACAUCAACAACUAUCAUUGGAUCUGCAGCUAAAAUGGGAAUAUAAUCAUGAUCAAAUUGUUGCGCCAACAUUUGCUUUUUCGAAAAUUUAUGAUAGUAAUUAUCGACUAACUGGUCCUUUGUUCUAUUUGUUGUACAUACAACAAAAUACAAGAGUUAUCAAUAUAACUAUUGAAAUGAAUGAAGUAAAUUACUGUGCGCAUGUUUUAACACUGAUGAACAAGAAUGAUAUAGAUGAUUCAGUACCACUUUUCUUUAAAUAUCACGCAUUAUGUUAUGAGAAAUUGGUUCGCACUGGUACCAAAUGUUUUCGAGAUGAUGAUUAUUUAUGUAUUUGUGGAGAAAAUCAUUAUCGUGCAGAAUGUUUUGGGUAUGAUCAUUCCAUAAAUCGUUGUGAUUAUUGUCUAUCAGAUGGCUAUUGUAUAUUAGGUGAUCCUAAUAAUCGUGUGGAUUUUAAAUGUCUAUGUCCGCGAUGUCACCAUGGAAAAUUUUGUCAAUUUUCCAACGAAUUAUUGAGUUUUACAUUGGAUUCGUUAAUUGUAAAGGAUAUUCUUUACAAUGGAAAAUUAGCAUCUAUUAGUUAUAUCACUAUCACAACACUGGUCUUUUUGGUUGGUUUCUUCAACAAUCUCUGUAGUUUUUUAACCUUCAUUCGCCCAAUACCACGUAAAUUUGGCGUUGUUGUCACUGGAACACAUAUUCACGAAGCAUUUUAUUAUAUAACUAUCCUUGAUCCAUCUUAUACAGCAACCAAUGUGACUAUGUGUGUUACAAAUUAUCCGGGAUCAACUAUCGCUACAUACAAUCGUGUUAAUGUUCUUAUUCACUAUUUCGUUCCAUUCCUUAUUCAGUUUUUUUCAAUUACUAUUCUCAUCACUCAGACAGCACGUAGUCGUGCGCGCGUAGUUGGUCAAAACAAUAGAAAUACAUUUAUGAUUACUUUAAAACAGAAAUUUCAAAUGCAUAAAGAUCACUAUCUUACACCAACUAUUAUCGUACUCAGUGCUCUACCACAAGCAAUUUUUUCAUUUAGUUAUGCUUGUACUGAACUGACGGAAGGAUGGCAAAGAUAUACGUUGCUAACAACAUAUUUCUUAUCCUAUUUACCACAAAUAUUGGGAUUUAUUCUCUAUGUCUUGCCAUCGAAGACAUAUAAAGAAGAAUUUCGAAAAACAUUUAUUGGAAAGUUACUAAUUAAGAUAUGA